CGCGAAAGUCUCGAGUCCACCCAACGUUCUUUUCCUCACGGGUAUGCGAAGUCUCCAAGGAAGCCUUCGCACCUUCUUGACUCGUGCUCAAGAGUCCACUACAUACAGAUCCCGUCUAACAGCCGCCGCAUCUUUCCACUGUUUCGCUCGUUCCUUCGCCCAGGUUAAUUCCUUCCCGCCGCUGCAAACCAUGUCGGAUCAGCAGCAGCAGCAGCAGCAGCCCGCACAGACGCCAACCCAGCCAGCAUCUGGCUCCUCCGAUAAAGAACCGGACUACUCGACAUGGCCUACCUCCAGUCUGAUUGCUCGCAUCACCGAACUUGAGCGCCAACUCCACUCCCGGACAGCGGAGUACGCCGCAUCGCCUGCCCCCACGACGCAGAGCACUACAAGCAUUCCUCAGCAGCAGGACGACAAACCUACCGAGAAAAGGCCUGCCGAUUUGCCCUCUUCGACAACCAAGCAGGAAUUACAGCCACGGAGGCCUAAGCCCGCGAAAGUGCGCCGGGAGAUCGAUCCUUCGAAGUAUAACACGCGCUACAUCGCGCUGAAGUUUGCCUACCUGGGACAGCGGUAUAACGGAUUGGAACACGCGAACGGCAAUGCCACACCGUUGCCGACCAUUGAGGAGGAACUUUAUAAGGCACUGCGCAAAACACGUCUGAUCUUUCCGACCGAUACUUCUGGGGAUGACUUUGUCGACAACUAUGCGCCGCGUGAGGUCAAGCCCUACUGGAUCAACUGGGACGGAUGCCAGUACUCCAAGGCUGGCCGCACGGACCGCGGUGUGAGCGCUUUUGGGCAGGUCGUUAGUAUCAGGGUCCGCAGCACGCGACCAAUGCGCAAGACGGAUGCGCAGAACCCGGACACGGCUAUGGAGAACACGGAGGAGGCGGAUGACGGUUGGGAUCAUAUCAAGGAUGAACAUCCUUAUGUGAGCAUGUUGAAUAAGGUCCUUCCGCAGGAUAUCAGGGUCCUGGCGUGGUGCCCCAACCCUCCUGAAGGGUUCGAUGCUCGUUUCUCCUGCCGAGAACGACACUACAAGUACUUUUUCACCCAGCCUGCCUUCUCUCCAACCCCUGGGCCUCUCGGAUUAAUGCCCCGUGCCAAUGACGGAACGAACGCUCGUCCGAAGUACAGAGAGGGUUGGCUGGACAUCGAGGCGAUGCGCGAAGCCGCCAAAUACUUCGAAGGCACACACGACUUCCGCAAUUUCUGCAAGCUGGAUGUUACCAAACAGAUUGAAAACUUCUCCCGUGAGAUUUUCCGCGCUGAUAUUGAACUGAUUGAUGCCAAAAAUACCCCGCUGGGUUACGUCAACGAGCCAGAGUUUCGCGCCGUUGAGGGCGAGCAAGACACCGGAUCAUCCGUUGAGCCUACACCUACUGCUGCUAAGGUGUAUGUCUUUCAUCUAGAAGGAUCCGCAUUCCUAUGGCAUCAGGUUCGUCACAUGGUCAGUGUCUUGUUCCUUGUUGGCCAGGGCCUCGAACCCCCAACCAUUGUGCGCGACCUGCUAGAUGCAUCUAAAAACCCGCGCAAGCCCACUUAUGAGAUGGCAUCUGACGCCCCUCUUGUCCUUUGGGAUUGUAUUUACCCUGACGAGCAGAGCGGUAGCCGCAAGGAUGCGUUGGAGUGGGUUUAUGCAGGCGAUAUCAGGCAGAUCAAAUCCCAUCUCGGCAAAGGUGGCGGCAAGUUUGGUCUCGGUGGAAUUGUCGAGGAGCUCUGGGCUGUUUGGAGACAGCGUAAGAUUGAUGAGAUCCUAGCCGGCACGCUGCUCGACCUGGCUGUUAGUCAAAGAGAUCAAACCAUGAUCUCUACCGGAGGAGCAAACCCUGUCUGGGAGCGGAAGAACAGAGGACAAAAAGUGUUCAUUGGUGGCAACGAUUCCAGAACAGGCGGUGAUUAUAUUCCAGUCAUGCACAAACGCAAGACGGAGCUCGUUGAGGUCCAGAAUGCGCGGUGGUUGGCUACCAAACAACGAAAAACGGAGGCUGGUGCGAGGGCCUCCAAGAUGGAGAUGUAGAUAAGAUUAGUUUCUGUACUUACC